AUGGAGGAGCUGAGGAGGAGCAGUGGGACUGUGGCUGAGGCGCCUCUCAAAGGAUGUCUUCGAAUAGAUGACAACACUAAACUACAUUGUCGUAAAAUUCUUUUCGAUACUCCUUCGUUGUCGUUGAAGAAGAAGAUCGACGUAAUGGCCAAGCCGGAAGACGAUAAGGUCUCAAAAAGCAAAUUGAAUGUCUUAGCUAUCUGUGAUGCUAACAAAGCCAUGGAAGAUGAAGCGGGCGAACAACGUAAUGGAGUCCCUAGGACGGACGAUGUGAGUGAGAACCCAAACCAUAGCGAGUUUAGAGACUUCUCUAUUGACUUUAAUGGGUACGAAAAUGCCCUCCGAUAG